AUGUCUACUUACAAACAUGAGGCACAGAUCGAGUUCCUUCUUGAUGGUCUCCCUGAGGAAUACAAGUCCAUCGUUGAACAAAUGGAGGGCCAUGACACCCCACCCACCAUCACCGAGGUCCAUGAGAAGCUACUGAACAAAGAAGCAAAAUUGCUAUCCAUUUCCAAGUCCCUCACCAGUGCUGCUCCAAUCACAGCAAAUGUCGCUGCUGCUCGCUCUCGUUCGUAUCAAGGCAAGCCGAAUCCCCGCAACCAACAAUGGAACAACAACAAACACCACACUCAGUCACAACGUCAUCACAACCGCAUCUCGAAAGGAUACCAGGGUCGCUGUCAACUCUGUGGAGCCUUUGGACACAGUGCCAAACGGUGCACUUUCCUUCAGCAACACCACCAGGUCUCCACCAAUGGUCUGCUUCCAACUCCAUUUCACCCUUGGUAG